AUGGAAGCUGCCAGUGCCAGAUCCUUCUUCUGGGAGGCUUUCCCCCCUAUGCCUACCUGUCGGGUUUACUGCAGCCCAGCCUACCACGAUGGGCACCUCUUUGUGGUGGGAGGCUGCAGCCAGCAGGGUCAGCCCCUGGACACUGUGGAAAUGUUGGACAUUGUUUCCCACAAGUGGACGGCAUUGUCCCCUAUGGCCACCCCUCGGGCAGGGGCUGCAGCAGUGAUGUUGGGCAAGCAAGUGUUGGUGGUUGGAGGAGUGGACUCCGCACAGAGCCCCCUGGCCUCGGUCGAAGCCUACCAUGUGGACGAGGGCAAGUGGGAGAAGAAGGCAGACCUGGCUCAGGCGUCUAUGGGCAUCUCCGCUGUUGAGAAAGGUGGUGCCGUUUAUGCCUUGGGCGGGAUGGGCGUAGACACUUCUCCACAGGCUCUGGUGCGGAUGUAUGAGCCAACCAAGGAUCACUGGCAGCCCCUGCCUUCCAUGCCCACCCCCUCCUAUGGGGCCUCAACUUUCUUGCACGGGAACAAGAUCUACGUGAUGGGAGGCAGGCAAGGCAAGUUGCCCGUCACGGCCUUCGAAGCCUUUGAUCUGGAAGUGAAGAGCUGGACGCGCUACCCGAGCGUGCCCAGCCGGCGUGCCUUUGCCAGCUGUGCCAUGGCUGACGGCUGCUUCUUCAGCCUGGGAGGACUGCAGCAGCCAGGCCCCCACAACUUCUAUUCCCGGCCCCACUUUGUUCACACUGUGGAGAUGUUUGACUUGGAGGAGGGGUCCUGGAGUCGGCUGAGCCGUACCAUCCGCAUGAGGGACAAGAGGGCUGAUUUUGUUGCUGGCUGCCUGGGUGGACGAGUGGUGGCAGCAGGUGGCCUUGGAAACCAGUCAAGUCCUCUGGGCUCUGUGGAAGGAUUUAACUUGGCAAAGAAGAAAUGGGAGUCUUUGCCUGCCAUGCCCACUGGCCGCUGCUCCUGCUCCAGUUUGGAGGCUGCCAACCUACUCUUUGUGAUCGGAGGGGUGGCCCAGGGCCCCAGCAGUGCAGUGGAGGCCCUGUGCCUCCAGGAAGGGGUCUGAGCGAUGUUCCCUUCCAGAAGAGUUCCUGCCAACACAAGCCAAGAGGACUGAAGUGCCUGAUGAUGGCGACAGAAUGUGGCGCCCGAGGGAGUGGGGAGGAGAGCACAUGCUUUGUCAGCGAUACGGCGACCUGCAGCAGUGACCUUUCCUUCCCCUGUUCUCCAGAUAACUCAUUUCACCUUCGCCAAGCAUAGAGUCUCCCAGAGACUGGGGCAGUCUGUCCUGUCGACAGAGCAGCUCCCCCUGCCUGCUGGAGCCAGGUUGGCUUAACGGAGCUGACCCUUUCAGUGCCAGAGCAGAAGCAGAAGGCCUCGCUGGAUGGCCAUGGCUUCUUCAUCACACACAGCCAUCUCACCUCAAGUGGAUGUGGUGAGAAUAUGGGCUGGGCUGGGCUGGGCUGAGCUGAGCUGAGCUCAAGUGAGGUGGCCAUGUGAUUGCUUUGUCAAAACCAAAAAUCCCAAUUCAACUCCCUCUCUUUAGUUAUCUCCCCCACUGUUGAACUUCCGCUUAUGAGCUCUUCAGGGCACAGAUUUUCUCUCUCUCUCUCUCAUUUUUAUUAAUCUUCAAAGUGCCAUGAUGGCACAAUAGUCAUAGCCACAAAUUACUGCACCUCCAUAAAGCUGUCAGAAGGGGCCUGUGCACUGGCAUAGCAAACACGAGCUGAGCUUUGGAGCUGAAUUGGCAGAGAAGCAACCACAUGGCCCCGAACACCAUGCUGCCCACAUUCUCGCUUUGUCCAUCCAGGCUGCGUGAAUCGGCCCUAGUGGCGAGGUUUCCUCAGCAGGUCCUGAGGAGGACUGAGGGGCAGUGCCAUCCAAGCGGAGCAGGCACUCCAGCGUUACUGCUUUGAGCUGUCCUUGCUGUCCUUGUGCUGAUGUCUCUUAUGCUGCACAGCUGAGUUGAUCCUAGGAAGGCUGGGUGUAGCCUUGUGGCCUUGUGAUGUGUCCCUAACCCGGUCCGUGUCUCAUGUAGCACGUAAGGUGCCAUUUAGCUCAGUGCCUAGGAGGUGGCGUAGCACCUCAUGCCAAUAAAACCAGUGGAAUUUUUGUU